CCGUCGCGAGACACCCAUGGUUUGCAAGCCUCUGCGAUCGAAACGAAAUCCCAGUCGUUAGCAAGGAGAGAAGCUCGCGAGGGAGAAAUGGCCGGGAGACUGAGCGGCGUCGCGUCUCGCAUCAUGGGCGGCAACGGCGUGGCAGCCCGAUCCGCCGCCUCCGCCCUCCGGUCGCGCUCCGGCAUGGGCUUCCCCCUCGGCAAACACAUCGUCCCCGACAAGCCUCUGCCGGCUGACCACGAUCUGCUUUGGGACAACGGUACCCCUUUCCCGGAACCCUGUAUAGAUCGGAUCGCCCCCACCGUAGGAAAGUACGAAGCGUUGGCAUGGCUGUGCGGAGGGCUCAGCUUCUUCGCAUCGCUCGGUUUGCUUGCUGUCUGGAACGACAAAGCGUCCAAGAUACCCUAUGCACCCAAAGUUUAUCCAUAUGACAAUCUGCGGGUGGAGCUUGGUGGGGAACCAUAAGACAUUGUUCGAGGUCUUGUGACAGCCUCAAGAGCAACCGGGCAAUCUGCUGAUGCUUCUUUACAUCGGUUCCUUGACUUUAUUUGGUGAUCCUGCAACUGGAAUAAUAUAUACGCAUUCUGAAUGCUUCUUUUUUAUGCUCUCUUCUCGACAUGGAUGCAUAUGCGUGCUAUUUUCUUAAUUAUGUUGAAGAACAGUAGUUACCUUUUCUC